CCUCCUUCCUCCCCAACAUAAAUGCUGCAGGCUGGCCAUGAUGUCUUGGCCAAAACAAUGGGGCUUCGCUAGCCUCUGGCUGCCGCUGCUGCUACUUGGCCUGCUAUGCACCCAAGACGUAUCCACUUUCAUUGUGCCAAGGGAACUGCCCUCUAUACUGUCCAUAGUUUACUCCAACAUACCGCCGAUCAAGAAGGGAACGGAUUCCCGCUUGGGCUUUGGCUUUCGCCUGGGCGAGCAUGCCGAUUUCCAGGUGAUGGUGGAGCUGGGCCCCCAGAAGGAGACCCGACCCAUUGGCGAGCCCAGCCAGGAUGAUCAGUCGUUCAACAAGCGCCAGGUGAGCUCCAGCGACCAGAAGGCCCUGCUGCGACAGCUCUACCGCCAGCAGGUGAAAGAGGAGGCCAAAAUGUUAAUGACCUCCACGGAAAGGAAUGCGGCCAGCUGGCUGGAGACCUGGUCCAAUGGCAUGAAACCGCAAAAGCCACAGAGGCCUCAAAAGCCCAAGGAUCAGGUCAAGAGCCGGCCGGUAAAAGAAAGUUCAUUACCGCAGCUGCAAGAUCCCACCAGCGCCAUGCAGCAGCUGCAGUUGCUCUACAAGAUGGCCACCACUAGUACCAGUAGCACCACAGGGCCACCUCCUGAACCUUCUUCUCCUCCUCCUGCUCCUACCUUCACUGGAGGCUCCCUUAACCUGGGCGGACCCAGUGGCUUCAAGCUGCCACCGCCUGCUCUCUCACAGGACACCAACACGCUGAGCAAUGGGAAUUCUGAGCCCGUGAAGAGCCAAAGUGAGAUCACCAGGGAGCUGAUGGACGUCAGUCUGGAUACUUAGGUUGUGCAACUAACUCUAGUUACUAAUUAAUUAAUUAAUUAUAUAUACACAUACACUGGUGUCUGUGUGUGUUUAUGGGUGCUUAGCAAAUCUGUGUGUAGUCUGGCUUAGCUACGUUUUCUGUAAAUAAAAACAACUUUAAACUUAAGUUAGGGAAAUUUUUGUCUUUAUGUUUUGCCGAAGAGUAUGCUUUAAAUUUGGCGAAAAAAAGAUAUGACUAUUUCCGGCUC